UGAUUUUUUUCCCCUGAAUGUUCUUAAAGAAGCAUUUUUUUUACAUAUCUUUUUUUCCAUCAAAUAAUGUUCAAGAAUUUCCCAAAAAUUAUAUUUUUUUCCACAUUUUUAAACUUUAAAAUGGGUCAAUUUGACCCAGAAGAUGACAGGAGGGUUAAAACAAGAUUAUUUCAAGAAUGUUAAAACAAGUCCCUCCAUCUGCUUAAAUGUCUCUGGUUAAGGGAAUUUAUCUUAAAUUAAGUGAGAUGAGACAUUUUGACUAAAAAUAAGACAAACAGACUUUGAGUUUUUGCAGUGCACCAUGUCAUUAACCUUAUUCGUUGUGGUUUUGUGUUGUGUGUGUUUGAGCGUGUGUGAAUGCGUACAGAUGCUCUGGUGACCCAGUGACCUUCAGCAGAUGAUGCCAAGAGAUGAGCGGCGUGGUGGAAGAGGAGGCCUCAGCUGCUCCGGUGUUGGAUGAAGAGAUGGAAAAAGUUGUGACGGUGGAAUUAAAGAAAGAAGAAACUUUGGAGGAGACGAUCGUGACCACGACUGUUUAUUCGACUACAAGACGGACAGACGUGGAGGAGGAAGCUGAACCGACAGAGGAAGAUGAGGAGAUAAAAACGGAGAAAGAUGAUGAUGAAGAGACGGAGGGAGGAGAUGUAGAGGGUGAUGGGGAUGAGGAGACCAAAGCUAAGAGGCUGCUGGAAGCCUGGGAGUCGGAGACCUCUUCUGAUGCAAAGCCUCCACUACCAGACCCAGCGUUUAACAGGAGAUGCAGUUUGCUCGCCAGCGAUGUCAAAUAUAAGGAGGACUUUGAGAAGAUGAGGGGUCAGAGUCUGUUUGUUCCUGGAGCUGAACUCAUCCACUCUAAGAACAUCAGCGCCGUCAUAUCUGAGUCCAAGUACAAGGAGGACGGGAAGAAGGAGGCGUCGAUUUCUUUGUACUCCAUCCUGCCUGAGACUCCGGAGACUCAACGGGCCAGAGAGGCUUCAGAGCUGCAGAGUGAUGUUAAAUAUAAAGGAAACGUGAAGACGGAGAUUUCAUCCUCACUUUAUUCUCUGCUGCCUGAAACCACCGAGACACAGUUUGUUAAAGAGCUGACGGAGAUACUGAGUGAGAACAAGUACAAGGAGGAAGGAAAGAAGGAGAUGAGCAGCAGUUUGUACUCUACACUUCCUGAAACCUCUGAGAUGCAGCUGGCCAAGAGCGUCCACGAGUUCCAGAGCGAGAAAAAGUACAAAGAAGACGGGAAGAGAAAAGCGUCCAUCUCGCUGUACUCGCAGCUUCCAGACACUCCAGAAAUACAACAUGCUCUGGAGGUGUCGCAGCUGCAGAGCGAGGUGAAUUAUCGGCCAAAGAUGCUGGUUAAAGGCGCUCCGACGUCUCUCUACUCUCAGCUUCCCGACACCACCGAGAUCCAGUUUGCCAGAGAGAUGACCGAGCUGCACAGUGAGAGUAAAUACAAGGAGGGCAGGAAGAGCCUCUCUCAGAGCUUCUACUCUCAGCUCCCAGAAACCGCCCAGACCCAGUUUGCUAAAAGCGUGGCCGAGCUGCAGAGCGAGAUGCGGUACAAAGAGUCGGGUAAGAAAGGCGUGAACUCCUGCCUGUACUCUCUGCUCCCGGAAACCUUGGAGACGGCUCACGCCAAGGAGGUCUCAGAGCUUCUCAGCGAGGUGAAGUAUAAAGAAGACGGGAAGAAGGAGAUGAACAUCAACCUUUACUCUCUGCUGCCAGAAACCAUCCACACCCAACACGCUAAAGAGGUGUCCAAUCUGCAGAGUGAGUUGAAAUAUAAAGAAGGUCUGAAGCAGAAGAUCCAGAGCAGUUUGUUCCAUCAGCUGGCAGAAACCACAGAGACACAGCUGGCCAAACAGCUGUCAGAGCUGCAGAGCGAGACCAAGUACAAAAAAGCUGGGAGGAAGGAGGUGAACAGCUGCCUUUACGCUCUGCUGCCGGAAACUCUGGAGACGCAACACGCCAAAGAAACCGGCGAGCUGCUCAGUGAGGUCAAGUACAAGGAGGGCGGCAGGAAGGAGAUGUCCAGCUCACUGUACUCCACUCUGCCCAACACCACAGAAACCAGCUUCGUCAGAGAGAUGAGCGACAUGCAGAGUGAGAAUAAAUACAAAGAAAACGGGAUGAAGAGUCUCUCUCAGAGCAUCUACAGUCAGCUGCCGGAAACCGCUGAGAUGCAGUUUGUUAAAAACGUCGCCGAGCUUCAGAGUGAGAUGAAGUACAAAAAGGGGAAGAAGGACGUGUCCAGCUCUCUGUACUCCACUCUGCCUGAAACUCUGGAGACGCUGCACGCUAAAGAGGCUUCUGAGCUGCAGAGCGAGCUGAAGUACCGCUCGGCCCUGAAGUCUGGACUUUCCUCCUGUUUGUUCCACCGGCUGCCGGAAACCAUCGACACCGUCCACGCCAAGGAAGUCUCUGAGCUGCUCAGCGAGGUUAAAUAUAAAGAAGACGGCAAGAAGGAGAUGAACGUCAACCUUUACUCUCUGCUGCCGGAAACCUUCGACACUCGACACGCCAGAGAAGCUUCAGACCUGCAGAGUGAGGUGAAGUAUAAAGAAGGUCUGAAGCAGAAGAUCCACAGCAGUUUGUUCCAUCAGCUGGCAGAAACCACAGAGACACAGCUGGCCAAACAGCUGUCAGAGCUGCAGAGCGAGACCAAGUACAAGGAGGGGGGUAAGAAAGACGUGAGCAGCUGCCUUUACUCCGUCAUGCCUCAAACCAUGGAGACGCAACACGCUAAAGAAGCUGCAGAGCUGCUCAGUCAGAUCAAGUACAAGGAGGACGGUAAGAAGGAGAUGUCCAGCUCGCUGUACGCCGCUCUGCCCGACACUUCAGAAACCAGCUUCGCCAGAGAGAUGACCGACAUGCAGAGCGAGAACAAGUACAAGGAGGACAGCAGGAGGAAUCUGUCGCAGAGUUUUUACUCUCAGCUGCCACAAACCACCGAGACUCAGUUUGCUAAGACAGUUUCUGAGCUGCAGAGUGAGAUGAAGUACAAAGAAGCAGGAAAGAAAGCAGCGAUGAGCUCUCUGUACUCGACUCUUCCUGAGACUCUGGAGACUCGACACGCUAAAGAGGCUUCAGAGCUGCAGAGUCAGCUCAAGUACAGGAGUCCGAAGAGCGACGCCUCCAGUUUUUACCACCUGAUGCCAGAAACCAUCGACACCCGGUUUGCCCGACAGCAGACGGAGAUGCUCAGCGAGGUCAAGUACAAAGAAGACGGCAGGAAGGAGCUGAGCGUGAACCUGUACUCGGUUCUGGCUGACACCCCGGACACCCAACACGCUAAAGAGCUGACGGAGAUGCAGAGCGAGGCCAAAUACAAAGAGGCCAGUCAGAAGCAGAAAUCCUCGUCUUUGUAUCACCGACUGCCUGAGACUCUGGAGACUCAACAUGCUAAAGAGGCUUCACAGCUGCAGAGUCAGAUUUUGUACAAAGAGGCGGUGAAGAAGGAUUUGCCGUGUCCGGUUUACCACCAGCUGCCAGAAACGCUGGAAACCCAGUUCGCUCGAGAGGUCGGCGACAUGCAGAGUCAAAAUAAGUACAAGGAGGACGGCAUGAAGAGCCUCUCUCAGAGUUUCUACUCUCAGCUGCCAGAAACGGCUGAAACCAAGUUUGCUAAAAGUGUGUCUGAGCUGCAGAGUGAGACCAACUAUAAGAAGUCCAGGAGGCAGGAGGCCGGCAGCUGUUUGUACUCCGUGAUGGCCGAAACUCUGGAAACUCAACAUGCCAAGCAGGCGUCACACAUCCAGAGCCAGGUGAAGUACAAGGAGGACGUCCAGAAGGAGCUUUCGUCCACGUUGUUCUCCAGCCUUCCUCAGACUCUGCAGACAGAACUGGCCAAAGAGGUGACGGAGCUCCAGAGUCAGGUCAAGUAUAAGGAGGCCGGUAAGAAGGAGGCGCCUCUUUACCGCCUCCUGCCUGAAACAGCAGAGAUGCAUUUUGCCAAACAGAUGUCGGAGAUCCAGAGCGAGUCAAAGUACAAGAAGGACAAAGAGGAUCUUUCCAACUCUCUGUACUCGCUGCUGCCUGAAACUCUGGAGACUCAGUUUGUCAAAGAAAUGGCCGAGACCCACAGCGAGGUGAAAUAUAAGCAGCAGACGGCGCCGUCUCUCUACUCGAAGCUUCCGGAAACUCUGGAGACCAAACACGCCAAAGAAGCCACCAGACUGCAGAGUGAAAAACAGUACAGCGAUGAAGGGAGGAAGGAGAUGAUGUCGUCUUUGUACUCUCAGCUUCCUGAAACUGCAGAAACCCAGUUUGCUCGAGAGCUAACAGAAAUCCAGAGCGAGACCAGAUAUAAAGAAGGAGGGAAGAAGCUCCAGACGGUCAGCGUUUACUCUCAGCUGCCUCAGACCAACCAGACGGAGUUCUCCAGAGCUCUGUCUGAAAUCCAGAGCGAGCACAAAUACAAAGAGGCGAGCAGAAAGGAAGCGUCCAGCUCGUUGUACUCCAAGCUGCCGGAGACUCUGGAGACUCAGCGAGCGAAAGAGGCCUCAGAGCUGCAGAGUCAGGUGAAAUACAAACAGGAGACCAGCGGCUCCUUGUACCAUCAGCUUCCUGUUACCACGGAGACACAGCUGGCUAAAGAGCUGAGGAACAUCUGCAGCGAGGUGAAGUAUAAAGAGGACGGUAAGAAGGAGAGCAGCAGGAACUUGUACUCGCUGCUUCCAGAGACGGCAGAAACUCAGUUUGCCAAGCAGAUGUCGGAAAUCCAGAGUGAGUCAAAGUACAAGAAGGACAAAGAGGAUCUUUCCAACUCUCUGUACUCGCUGCUGCCUGAAACUCUGGAGACUCAGUUUGUUAAAGAAAUGGCCGAGACCCACAGCGAGCUGAAGUACAAGGAGGCGGGGAAGAAAGAGGCCAGCAGCUCUUUGUACCACCGUCUGCCCCACACUCUGGACACGCAGCGAGUUAAAGAGGUUUCUGAGCUGCAGAGCGAGAACAAGUACAAGCAGAGCGGGAAGCGGUCGAUGUCGUCCAGUCUGUACGCUCGGCUGCCGCAGACGGCCGACACGCAGCUCGCCGCCAAGAUGUCGGAGCUGCAGAGCGAGAGCAAAUACAAGGAGGACGGCAUCCGCAGCCUCAGCCAGAGCUUCUACUCUCAACUCGCUGAAACCCCAGAGACUCAGUUCAUCAGAAACGUCUCUGAGCUGCAGAGCGAGGCCAAGUACAAGGAGGCGAGCAGGAAGGAGGCCAGCAGCAGUUUGUACCAUCAGCUGCCUGAAACUCUGGAGACUCAGCAUGCUAAAGAGGCUUCAGAGCUCCAAAGUCAGGUGAAGUACCAGGAAGGUAAGAAGGACCUGAGCAGCAACCUGUACUCUCUGCUGCCCGAGACCGAGGAGACCAAGCUGGCUAAAGCCGUCAUGGAGCUCCAGAGCGAGAAUAAAUACAAGCAGAAAGGCCGACUGGAGAUGAGCAGCAGCGUCUUCCACCAGAUGAAGGAAACCAACGAGACGGAGUUCAUGAAGCAGAUCUCAGAGCUGCACAGUGAGUCAAAGUACAAGAAGGACAAAGAGGAUCUUUCCAACUCUCUGUACUCGCUGCUGCCUGAAACUCUGGAGACUCAGUUUGUCAAAGAAAUGGCCGAGACCCACAGCGAGAGUAAAUACAAGGAGGCCGGUAAGAAGGAUCUGGUUAAAAGUCUGUAUUCUGUGCUGCCGGAGACCAAAGAGACCCAACAUGCCAGAGAGCAAACCCAGCUGUGCAGCGAGAAAUCGUACAGGGAGGAGGGCAGGAAGGAGGCCGGCUGCAGUUUGUACGCUCAGAUGCCCCAAACCAUCGAGACCGUCUUCGCUAAGGAGCUGAGCAAGACGCAGAGCGACAAGUUCUACAAGGAGAAGUUCAACCAGGAGAAGGGGAAGUCGAGCUACACCAACAUGAAGACGCUGCCGGAGGUGGAACAUGCCAUGGAGGUCACCAGGAACCAGAGCGAGGUCAGCUACAGAAAAGCUAAAGAGGAGCUUCAUCACUACAACACGGCACCGGACCGACCUGACAUCGUGAACGCCACCAACGCUGCCAAACUGGCCAGUGACGUGGCCUAUAAGAGCAACAACAAGCAGCCUGUUUACAGUGACGGAUCUCUUCUGGACAGAACCGACAUCCAGCACGCCAAAGAGGUUUCCAAACUGGCCAGCCAGGUGAAGUAUAAAGAGAGCUUCGACAGAAAUCUGAAGGGUCAGAAACCUGUCUACAACCCCAUGGACUGCCUUUCCUUCAAACACACCCAAGCUGCUGCAGCUCUGGCCAGUCAGGUGAAGUAUAAAACCAACCAGAACCAGAAACCAGAAGGUUCUACGGACCUGCCCAACCUGCUGCAGCUGGAACACGUUCUACACGCCAGCAAGCUCCAGAGCAACGUGGAGUAUAAGAAGAAGUACGAGCAGACCAAGGCUCAGUACCACAUCGCUCUGGACACGGCCGAACAGCUCCACCACAGGGAGAACGCAGUGCUGCAUAGCCAGGUGAAGUACAGGGAGGAGUACGAGAGGAACAAGGGUCGCUCUCAGAUGGAGUUUGCCGACACUCAGACGUACAAAGUUUCUAAAGAAGCUCAGAAGAUGCAGAGUGAGAAGGAGUAUCGGAGGGACUUUGAGCAGCAGAUGAAGGGAAAAGCUCUGCUGGACGUCGACCAAACUCCCGGAUAUCUAACGGCUCGACACGCCGGCAGCCUGAUCAGCGAGAAGCAGUACAGGAAGGACCUGGAGGAGCAGGUGAAGGGGCGGGGCUUAUCUGGCGUGGGUCUGGAGGACACGCCUGAGCUGCUGAGGGUCAGAAAAGCCAAUCAGAUCCUUAACCAGAAGGAAUACCGCCGCGACCUGGAGAGGGACGUCGUUGGAAAAGGGAUGGAGCUGAGCGCCGACGUCCUGGAGAUCCAGAGAGCCAAGAGAGCCUCGGAGAUCCAGAGCCAGAGGUCCUACAGGCAGACGGAGCAGCUGAGAGAAAACUCGUACGGGACGCUGACCGACACUCCAGAGCUGCUGCACGCCUCCUACCUCAAAGACGUCUACAGCCAGAAGAAGUACAAGGACGAGGCAGAGCGUCUGAAGGGAAACUACCAUCUGGUUUCAGAGACUCCAGAGAUGGAGAGAGUCCGAGCCAACCAGAGACACAUCAGCUCUCUGCGCUACUGCUGGGACUCCAAGCUGAUGAAGGGACUCAUGUCUUCGGUCACGGAGACGCCGGAGAUCGUCCUCGCCCGAGAGAACGCCAAGAAGAUCAGCGACGUCCAGUACAGGGAGGAAGUGGGUCGAGGCACUGCCGUCAUGGACACACCAGAGCUGGAACGAGUCCGACGGAACCAGGAGAACAUCAGUGCAAUCAAGUAUAAGCAGAGUUCUGUGAAGUCCAGCAGCCUGGGAGUGACUCCAGAACUGGAGAGAGUUCGACAAAACCAGGACAACAUCAGCUCGGUGAAGUACCGGCGCGGCCUGCAGGAGCUGAGGGGGCGGAGCUGCACCGAGCUGGACACACCUGAGUACAGGCGUGUCAGGAAGUCGCAGGACUCGGUCUCCAUGGUAGCGGCCGCCUGCUGGUUGCCGUGGAGGAGCUACUCUCCUCGUCUUUGGUGGAAAAUCGACCGACCUCUUUGUCGUGACUUUCUACAGGCGAAGUACCACGAGGACUUUGAGCGAGCUCGCGGCCGAGGCUUUACGCCGGGAUUGGACGACCCCAGCAUGGAGCGCUACCAGAGGGCCAAUCAGAUGAUGGGGGAGGCGGCCUACAGCAAAGGGAUCCACCCCCAGGCCAUGGAGAUGGACCGGCGGCCAGGAGGCAUCAUCGUAGCUCCUGUCCUCCCUGGAGCUUACCAUCAGGGCGUCCAGAUGCAGCAGCAGCAGCAGUAUCACGGCUACAUGCACCAGACCAGCAUGUCCUCCGUCAGAUCAGUCACCUCACCGCCACACUCAGCCUCCAUGCGGGUUUACCGGGCGCUGUACGACUACGCGGCUCAGGAUCACGACGAAGUCUCAUUCAGGGACGGUGACGUCAUCAUCAACGCUCAGCCGAUCGACGAGGGCUGGAUGUACGGCACCGUGCAGAGGACCGGCAAGUCCGGGAUGCUGCCGGCAAACUACGUGGAGUGUUGCAACUAAAGCAGCGAGAGAGAGACGAAGAAAUACACAGGAUAGCAUCCCCCCGCAGUGUUACAACAGCAGAUGUUGGUGAUGUUCUUUGCAUUUCAGGGUUCAUUGAGGUAUUUGAGGUUUUCUCUGCCACUGGAAAACUGGCCAAAUAUUCAGAUCAGAUUCAGUGGCACCAGAAGUUUUAGUGGUGAAUUUUAAAGAGCUCAUGUUCUGCAGUUACAGGUUUAUGGUCGGAUUUUUGGGAUCAGUGACAAUAUCUUUAUGUGCUUUAAUGUUAAAAAGCACACAUUUUCCCCUCAUUCUGUACAUUGAUGAAGCACAACUGUGUGUGAAAUGCUCUGUUUUAGUUUCCGUUCUUCUCUGAUUGGUCAGCUGCAUAAAGAGGUUGUAAAUGUUGGUUAGACCAAGCACAAAGAGACGCAAAAUGACCACAGAGAGACACAAAAUGACCACAAAGAGACACAAAAUGACCACAGAGAGACACAAAAUGACCACAAAGAGACACAAAAUGACCACAGAGAGACACAAAAUGACCACAAAGAGACGCAAAAUGACCACAGAGAGACACAAAAUGACCACAAAGAGACACAAAAUGACCACA